UUCGAGAAGUGUUUCUGUGUGAUGAUGGCAUAAAUCCACACUUUAGUGUAGUUCCAUAGUGUUCAGUGUGAGCAGUGAGGAAGUGCUUCAAACGAUAGCUGUUUGCUCAGAGGUGAACAGAGUCAUCGAUCUUUCGAUAAGCGGGAAAAGUGAAUGGCUUGGUUCAAAGAGCGUACAGCAAUGGUGUUGAAGGAGUGAAUCCUGAAAAAAAUCGCAGUGAUAAACGGUCAAAACGACAAAUCAUAGGCUUAUCGUCCGUUGAAGCAGGAAUGCGAUAAUCACAAAGUAUGCACAACAUCCCAUCAGUUGCAUAUAAAGUAUAAAUAGAAUAACCUCGGUGAAGCACCAAGAAAAAAAAGCAUAAUAAGUGAACAUGAUGGGUAGAAGUGUCGGUGGCGAUGCUUCCAGCAACACGAGUGGAGUUCUGUUCAGCAAUCAAAUGGCAAUCAACGGCGAUCGAUACCAGCAGCGCCUGAAUCGGCGAAUGGUGGUACCACAGGACGACCGACGACAUGCAGCCCCAUCGCUAAUCGAUGAUGUCAUCCACCAGUCACAGCCCACAAAAGAGGGUGUCGUUAUGCGAAAUAAAGUGAUCGAUCUGGACAAGAAUCGCAUUAAAUGUGGACGCAAUAAGCUCUGGUCAAGGCCGCUGAGUUUCUCCGGAUUUUUCAAGAAAUCACUUAGUCAAGGCGCGAUACAGCUCGGCGGCAGUAAGGACGGGAAUAGCAGAAAUGGAAGAGGAGGUGUUCGACAUAGCACAAAUUAUGCUGUCAAUCACGGCAGCCACGAUCCAAAUGGUAACGAAUCGUCCAGACGGAGCGCUCAACUUGAUCUCAAUCUGAUUCGCAAACUGGAAGAAGAAAUCUACAAAAGAGGGCGGGAGCUGCGAUGGGAUGAAUGCAAUGCGGAAGCGAAAGAUUUUCACGAUUUCUAUUUUAGUCAAAGAACAUACGAGGAACAGAAAGUGUUUUCCAGUGAUACAGCAGCUUACAAGGGAAAUGGCAAAGCUCUACUGGUCGUAGACUCACAGGGCUUGGAGCCGAUGCUGUUAAAACGACCGCUCAGUACGGACGAUGCGCUGUUGCAAAACGGAUCUCGAGAGCCAGAAUCACACAACGAUGUGGAUUCGACGAGCAAAUCGAUCAUCAUCGUUGACAACUCUGAGUUCUAUCCAGUGCUAAUGAGGUACGAUAUUAACAGUGAACUAGUCAACCGUCAGUUACAAGAGCAAGCACAAAAACGUAAAGGGGAAAAACUAAAAAUAACCACCCAAAACAGAGAUAAACCUCAACCCACAGAAAGCAUCACAAACGCAUCAUUAACUGGCAACAACGGCAACUGCCCUAGCAUCCCACUGCCAUCGUCUUCUAUAUUAGCUACUACUGUACGCGAUCCACCGUCGACCGCGUUGAAAACUAAAACGUCACGCGUCGAAUCGGCCACUCGUUGCGAAACUAAAAACUUAAACAAUAAUAAUCACGCUGUUGAGCAAAAGAAACUAGCAGCUAGCGCACGGUCGCCACCUCCCGCUGCUCCCGGGAGUGGCGAUCGCACUAAAAAGACCCACUCGAAUCUCUUUCAAAGAUUCCUCCUCCAAAGAAGAAGUCUAAAUCUAUCAGUUCGACGUCGUCGGCAGCACCAGUGUCACUUUCGACCACCUGGUCAUCUUCACUCAGAGGACAGCUCUCUAUCUGACACAAAACCAACCGGGUACAAUAAACUGAAAUAUGAAUACCUCAAGAAGAUGCAACGAUAUGACCCUGAAAUUCCAUCAUCGACCGUCCCACAUAUGAGUGCGAAUCGCACCUUGAGCGAACCAAAUCUGAGCUCUCGCUUCAACUGGAAAAGCGAACACUUCCUUCGGCAUCUCCAGCACACACCACACAGUUGGAGUACCGGCGAUCUGGACUGCUUGAGUUACCUGAUGUCAUCGAGUAAAAAUUUUGAAAAUAUCUUCGAAAGUGCAAGCGACAAUCUGUCCCGCCUGUCAGCCGUUGUUGUGUCGUCGUCCAGCAGUAAUGGCUCCCCCUCGUCUGGUUCGCUGACAUCAUCCUCGUCAUUGUCGUCCGGCUCAAGAAUGCUGCAGUCAAUACUCGCCAAUCACCACCAACUCCUACAGAGCAGGGAACGUGCCACCAGUGGCAAGCCUCCGCUGGCCAAUUCAGCCCCUGGCGGGGCUACCGCGCAACCUUCGGGUGGUGGAAAUUUUCUUCGCAAAAAAUCCUCAUCCUUCAGAGGCGUUCUCAGACGCACCAACAAGCCAGACCUCGUCAACACGUGGAUCUACAGGAAAAGCUACGAUGGUUCUGGCAACGGUCUAGGUGAGCCCCCGUACCGGGGGCACCACGGUAGCCCACACUCGUCGCCGUCACGCUAUUCCUACAACAACACUGCCAAAACCAGCAUCCAGCAUUGGCGGACAUCCAGUGCCGGCGCAUCGGACUUCAAGCGUAACUCGCGACUCCGCAGCUCGACCAGCGCCGUGCCCGGUGGGGGUGCCGGGGGAGGCAGUGGUUCCAGUACCAGCAGCACCGGCUCCAACAUGGUCGAUCUCAACAUACCGCGCGGCCACUCGCCACACUUCAGUCCCUCGAGGCAAACCACUCAAACCGGAGACACGCAGACACUGCAUGUGUACCUUCCGAACCAUGGCUUCCGCAUGAUCCGCUUCGACGAGGCAUCCGAUGUCCGGCAGAUAAUUAAUCUCAUUGUGAACUCAAUGUCACCCGGCCACAAAACAAACCCGCAGAGCUAUGCACUCCGGCUGCGGCACAUGCUCACGAAAGAAGUGCUCUGGAUGCCACCCGAUACCUCCAUGUCGCAGGUGAUGGCCCAUAUAUUCAACCCAUCCUGUAGCAACGCAGACUGUCCCAACGUGGACAAGAGUACGAUUGCUAAGAAGAUGCAGCAAAAGACUAGUGGAGUGGUUGGACAUGCAAAUAGCGUGUGGAAGGCUGAACUACGCGUACGCUACAUACCAAAAAGUUUAAAGGAACUGUACGAAAAAGACAGGACCACGUGUCACUUCUACUUUGACCAAGUCAAGCAGGACUACAUCCAGUCAAACAUACCGAACAUAGAUCAGGAUAUUGCAAUACAGCUAUGCUGCUUAGGAAUCAGGCAUUACUAUAAAGACACGAACCAUUCUUCGAACGACCGGAAGCACCACCUGGAAUAUAUCGAGAAGGAAAUGGGCUUCAGCAACUUUAUACCGAAAUCUGUGAUAGAUACCAUUAAGCAGAAGAAUCUGAAGAAACUAAUACAGGCCGGCUACAAGAAGGUCUACAGUUACACUGAGAUGGAAUACAUGCUCAAGUUCUUCGACCUGCUCAGGACCCAGUACACGUUCGACCAGGAGCAGUUCAACGUCCAGCUGAGCAGUGGAUGGAACAUACGGGUUGACCUGAUCAUCGGUCCCCACGUGGGUAUAUCGUAUUCUGUGAAUCCUCAGGCGCCACCAACCAAGGUAACCGACUUUGAAAGUAUUGAACGGAUAACGACAAGCGUAGUGUCGUCUUCGCUAACCAAAAGCGAUCACCAACCCAAGCAGCAGGGCUUGAAAAAUUCCAAAGACCAACCAGAUCUCACCAGUUCCUGCGGCAGUAGCGGAAGCAGCGAUAAGAAGGACAAAAAAGGGGUCUCCUGCUCGUGCAGUGAAAUCAAAACACAGCUCAGGAUCAAAGUCAACGUUAACAGCGAAGACCUGGCGAUCACUUGUGAUGGUAUUAAGACUUCUGAAAGUAUAGCUGAUCUAGUCGAUGGUUACUGUAGGUUAUUUAACAAUACUGAUAUUAGCUUAUGGGAUCGCACCGUGAUACCAAAAACCACUCCGAGCAAUAGCGCUACCAAUUCGCUCGAGAAGAGUCACCUGAGGAAGAUGACUGACUCGCAGUCGUCGGAGAAGCAAGAUUCGAGGCGAUCGAGUAGCGACAAACUGAACAAUUCCGUUCACAACGAACUGGAAGCCAGCACUAGUUCCAACAGUAAGCCAACUCUCAAUGAAGACUACGCCGAACUGGGCAUGUGCGACGAAGAAGGCGAUUAUUCAACUCCGGCGGCUCGAAACUACGAACUGGACCGGAAUCAGAUAACGCUGAACGAAAUAAUCGGUGUGGGACAGUUCGGAGACGUGCAUAUCGGUUCCUGUCGACUAUCGAGCAAAUCAACGCUAGUCAACAAACUGAACCAAUCGCUAACCUCGGAAUUCGAUGAGCUUUCGCUGUCCGGUGAAAAUAAUAACACCGAGGUACAGCAAAAAAGCGGCAUCAUUCAAGUAGCAGUUAAGACCUGUAAGGCGGAUGCUGAUUUAGCUACGUCGGAAAAGUUCCUGGAGGAAGCAUAUAUUAUGCAAAAAUUUGAGCACCCUCACAUCAUCAAACUGAUCGGUAUCUGCAGCGGUUCUCCGAUCUGGAUCGUUAUGGAGCUCGCCCGGCUAGGCGAACUGCGAGCCUACCUCAAGAAGAACGGUCCCAAGUUGAAGCUGGGCACCCUCCUGCUGUAUUCCUAUCAACUGUCGACGGCACUCAGUUAUUUGGAGUCGAAAAAGUUCGUUCACCGCGAUAUUGCCGCACGGAACGUGCUGGUCAGUUCACCGACAUGUAUUAAGCUUGCCGAUUUUGGACUUUCAAGAUGGGUUGAAGAUCAAUCGUACUACACGUCUACCAAAGGAAUGCUCCCGAUCAAGUGGAUGGCGCCCGAAUCAAUCAACUUCCGGCGGUUCACCACCGCCAGUGAUGUUUGGAUGUUUGGCGUUUGCACCUGGGAGAUUCUGAUGCUGGGUGUGAAACCAUUCCAAGGAAUCAAGAACUGUGAUGUCAUUGGCAAGCUGGAGAAUGGCGAACGCCUUCCUUUGCCGCCAAACUGCCCUCCGCGUCUGUACUCGCUUAUGUCACAGUGUUGGUCCUACGAGCCACACAAGCGACCGAACUUCAAAAACAUCAAGGAGGUGCUAUAUGAAAUACUCACAGAAGAACGACAUAGCGAUUGCGAAACGAUGCGUCGUGAAAAUCGACGCGUUGCCGCCAUGUCCUGGGGAGCAGGUGACGAUGUAGCACCUCCAAAACCAGCACGUGGUCCAAUGACUGGUGCAGGCGAUGGUUCCCAGCAGGGGCUUGGUGCCCCACAGACCUACAUCAUCGCACGAGAUCCAGCCGUACUAGCAGCGUUGAUGCGCGAGAACGAACAACGUGGAGUGAAUCCGUCAUCGUACACGACGCCCGCAUCGAUCCAAGAAACGCAGCAAGUUCUCGAAGCCAAGUUGCGAAAGCAACAGCAAGAAAGUGAGGUCGAUUCCAAGUGGCUACAGCAGGAGGAGAAUAAUCUCAAGAAACGACUCAGUUUGAUCACAUCCGCCGCUGGCGGCGUAUCGUUCGAUCAAGCUCAACAGCAACAACAGGAAUUGAACAAUGGAAGUGGUUCCUUGUCCGGUAGUUACCAUUCGCAACAAAGCCCACACUUCUCCCCUCAGAAUACCAUGUCCGGCCCGCAAAGUCUGGGUGAUCAUUACCCAACGACUCCCAAUACUUCAGAUUCAAGGCCACACACUCCUGGUUCAAGCUCCGGUAUGAUCAAAUCCAAGAGUUCGUCGAUGGAGCGUUGCACUACGCCACUAUCCGGGGAUGAAAAGUUCGUAAUCAAGAAGGUGGAGCCAACGAGGACCAUGCCGCUGGAUCGGAGUGGUGAUAUUGUGUACAUCGCAACAACCAGCGUGGUCAAAUCGAUUAUGGCUUUGAGCCAAGGAGUGGACAAAUCGCAGGCUUUCGAUUAUCUGGAUCUGGUCAGGAAUGUCGGCAUUGAAUUGCGCAAGCUUUUGGGAGCCGUUGAUCAGAUCUCGGUUUCCUUUCCGGCGCAGUGUCAUAAGGAAGUGGAGAUGGCACACAAAGUAUUAUCCAAAGAUAUGUUCGAGUUGGUGGCGGCUAUGCGGUUAGCGCAACAAUACAGCGAAACCACGCUCGAUGCUGAAUAUAGGAAGAGUAUGUUAUCAGCAGCACACGUGCUCGCUAUGGAUGCCAAAAACCUCCUAGACGUCGUCGAUUCGAUUCGAGUCCGUUUUCCGAACCUAGUAUUCCCAAAGCAGCCGAGCCUGCCGACCAGUCCCAUCCAGAAGCAACCUCCGGCAAUGACCUGUUCGUUAACAUCAUCUGCCUCUUCGUCGGCUGCGUUGGCUACCUCAUCGAUCAACAGCAGUACAGUUCCGUCCAGUGGGGCACCACCGCCGACAACCUCCUUCCAACAACAGCAACAGUUUUCCUUCGACCUUCAACAGUCCGAUACGGUCGGCGAGUGCUACCAGAACCUCCAACCAAAGCAAAUCUUCCAUUCUCACAGUUCGCCACCCACUUCACUGACGCAUUCCUAUGAAACAAAUCAGACUCAACUGUACACCAACCAGCAGAGCGGAAUCUACGACAACGACUGUGUCGUCAAUGAUAAUAAGCCCAAAAAGCCGGUGAUCGCGGCUAAGCCUCCUGCCGCCACAUUUGCGUCCCAUAAGCUAAAGUCACCGAAUCCCUUCCCGCAGUCCUGCAGUCAGCCGAUUGGAGAUGAACUGCUCAACGAGCCACUUAAAAUUGUCGAAGAUCCAAUCGAACUCUACUCGAAUGCCACAACAACUGCCAGCGGCGGAUGUAUACCCUCGAGCAACACCGUGGUCAGUUCCAGUUCCAGCAACAGUGUGUCCCUAAUGUCAUCCAGUAGUAGCUCCGGCGCGAUAAAACUGCCCGAACCCGUAUCGUGUACCAUCGUGCAGGAAAAUCUGCUUGCCUCAAAUAAUCAGAAAAUUAUGGCUAACAAGUUGGGCUAGAGUGGAAGCACUGUAGCUUUUUAAAAUGCAAACUCAAUGUACCAUUGUUCUUAGCUGUCUAGUGAAAGACAUACGGUAUUGUACUAUUUUAGGCAAAGAAAAGUAAUUUUACAAACUUACUAUUCUCUGAGCAUAACAUUCAGUCGUAUGUCCAAAUAGGGAAGCUAAACAGUACGUAAACAAGCAAACGGAAAUUGUAUUACUUCCGAAACUAUUGUAGAUAAUCAAAAAUACAGUUACAAAUGAAAUAUUACAAAAUAAACAUUUGUCCACGCUGAUUAGUCAAGAAAUGCCCCUCAAGUAUUAAAUGGAAAAAGCUUUUUGAAUACACUGCUUUCAGUCAUAUGCUAAUAACGCUGGCGUUCUGCAAGGUCCCUGAGUCACCAUGAAAAAUUAGAAACCUACCACCAGUAAUGCAUGUACUUUAGAAACCUUUAAAGCAUUUUUCGUCUUUCUACCUUUUAUCACAGCAAAUUAAACAAUCAAAAUAUGCAGCAUAACGAAACCAGGUAAUAUACAGCAAACUUUUUGAAACUGAUGUUAUCGUCAGAAAAGGGGGAAAUUUUGAUCUACUAUUUUUCUACACUAGUCCUCAUAUUUACUGAGUAGCCAAGCUGAUUUUGGACAACUGAAUUUACUCCGGCGUCGUAAGUAUAUAACUUUUGGUGAACUAUUUCUUUUCUUUGCUAUAACUCAUCAACUUUUCGAGAACUAUAUCUGAAAACCUAACAACCUAACCCCAAAAAAGUUGAGUUUUUCUUAGAAAAUCGAAAUCUUCCUAUCUGUUCACAUUCCAGCAUUCAUCAUUAAUUCAGCAAAUAAAAAUAUCAUCUAAAACUAACAUUGCUUAUAGUAUCUUCAAUACUAAAAAUAUAAAAAUAAUAUUUAACUGCUUGCACUGCAUAAAAAUGAUCUUGAAACAUAACGCUAUUGCUGAUGUAGAGAUUUACAUAACUAAUCUAAUCUUUCCAAUGCCCCAUUGUAACGCUAUAGCCCUAACUUGUAAUACCGGAAGCCAAUAAAUCCGCACUGGAGGCAAAGCAUGCUCGUGCAUAUAACAUCAAUAACUACUGAUGGUUCAUGCAAAAGUUUACUAAUUGCAAACAAAAAAAUGAAUAUAACUAAAUAAAAAAACAC